CUGAUAGCUGAUCAGAGUUUGGGAUAUUUACGUGUAUUUUAGCUGCUUUAGUGUGUUUUUAAACUUUGUAUAAGCAUAUUUGCACUAACGCCACGGCUGUGGUUCGUUGAGAUAUAAUGUAAUAAUGUAAUGCUAGCAUAAAGUACUUAUGUCGCUGUGCUGUAGCUAACGUCGGUAAUGUGUAGUUGUCAUUUAGCACGCCUGCAACACGACACCGGUUAUCCAACACAUUGAAUUCACCGCUUUGUGUUGAUUGUAUUUAAUCUGAUGCUAGCAGCGUUUUGCAUUAGGACUACCUUGUACAUUAGCUUCAGUGAGGGAUUUUUAUCUUGACUUUCAUAACGUCUUUGGCUAAUUUUUUAACGUCGCGAAAUAACGUUAAAGAACUCAACAGCUGCAUCCAGCCUCGGGUUGUUUUUAUUAUCUAAUAUCAAGAAUUGAUGAUAAGCUCGUGCACUAACUGAGUGAAUAUGAGGAGAGCCGCAGGCGGCGAGGAGGAGGCUCCCCGGCACAACGGCACCGCCGGCCGCCGGAGAGGAGACCAGCACCAGGGAGACGGGGACGACGGUGGCUUCGGCGCAGCAGACCUGCAGGACGACGACAAUGACCCGGGACUCCGGAGAGAGAUACGGAGCAAGUACAGAGACCUCAUCAACUCAGUGCAGCAGAAUAGGGAAGAUAUGCUGAGUCCCUCCAACAACAAGCUCACAGAAGUUUUGGAAGAGGCAAACAAACUUUUUAAAGAUGUCCGGCAGGCGAGAGAAGCAGCUCUGGAUGCUCAGCUCCUCGUUGUGGCCACGGACCUCGGAAAGGAGAAAGCCAGCCAACUGUUCUCCGAGGGCACAACUUUUGAUCCCACUGCUUUUGCUGAGCAUCUUCUGACUUUCAUGGGACUCAACCGACUAGAAGACGGCGAGGAGGAGCAGCAGAACGGAGAUGGCUACCUGCCCGAGGACGCUUGGCAGAGAUUGGCCAGGAGAGCAGAGUGCUGUUUCAGGACGGCGCCCUCCUUCCACUACAUGAUGGGAUCCUUCCAUGCAGAGCCGCCACCUCCAAAGCAAAGGAUAGAACGGCAAAGGAAGGCACCGAGCAAAGAAGCCAAAAGGAUAAUGCCUACUCAGCUGAAGAAAAUGGAAGACUCCCAUCAAGAAGCGACAGAGAAAGAGGUGGAGAGGAUCCUGGGAUACCUGAAGAGUUAUUACCAAGAUGAUCCAACAUCGCCGAUAUCCUAUUACGAGUUUGUCAUUGACCCCAACUCGUUUUCUCGGACGGUAGAAAACAUUUUCCACACGUCUUUUCUAAUCAGGGAUGGGUUAGCACGGAUGUAUUUUGAUAGUGACAAACUGCCUUGCAUAGCACCUGUAGAGGAGGGAGAGGUGGAGGCUGGAGGAUCAUACAGCCGUAAACAGUGCAUCGUCUCCAUCAGCCCAAAGACGUGGAAGGAGCUCAUAGAAGCCUUCGACAUCAGAGACACGUUGAUUCAGCCUCCAAACACGCAGAAUGAGUGACGAACCCCGCCACUGUGUUAGCUGAAACCAAACAAUGUUUUUAGGUGUGUUACUAUUUUCAUUUUAAAAAAAUUAAUUUCUAAAUAACAAAAACAAACUGUCAAAAGGCCAAAUUCCAGUGGUCACUGACUUAAGGUCCUAUUUACUCAACUGUACAUUUUGCUGUAAUUUUUUUACUUUUUACUGGUUUUAGAAGUUUGAAUAAUAAAAGUGAAAGAGGAGAAGGCUAGUACUGUUAACUUUUAA